ACACACACACACACACACACACACACACACACACACACACACACACACACACACACACACACACACACACACACACACACACCCACACACAACCCCACACACACCCACACACACACACACACACACACACACACACACACACACACACACACACACACACACACACACACACACACACACACACACACACCAUUCAUUAAGAUAUUCUAACUGGACUGGGAAGUCCUUACAUCUGCCACGUCCGGACUUUUGAGAAGGAGCAGUAUAUAUAACCUGGCGCGGGGAGUCAGCACUCAGUCAGACGGCUACUGCUCGCUGGGACGCUACUUCUUCUCGGGACAGCCAUUGAGCUAAGACAAGUGUGAAGUAUUGGUGUUUUCUUAUUUACAUUCUAAGUGUCAGCUCCUCACCACAAGUUUCACACACUUCCUACUUUCAUGAACGCUCACAUAAAUACAAUGGUCAUCUCUGAAGCCGUCAUUGGAACUUCCUUCCCUCUACUGCGAGAAUACUGGAUGGCUAAUGUUGUGUUUCUGAUUCAGGGAUAUGCAAACAAACCCGACCAUGUCUUCCCUGUCACCAGUCGCGUCAGGCGGUCCAUCUUGACAGAGGCUGCCAGAGAGGUCAGCUACGCUUCACAAGUAAACAGGAAGAUCAAAGUGAAGGGAGGAACCGCAGAUUAUUUACAAGUCACAGAAACUAAUAACCUGAUUGUUGGUCCCCAGAGCGAACGCACCUCAGCAGCGUGUUUCCGAGUACACACGUUCGAAGUGCUGAGGCCCUACCCUGAAGGUGGUCAAGUUGUGGUGCUGGAGACUCAUGAUGGUGGCCGCUUCCUCCACGGCAGCGCCUCUGGCAGCCUCUCCCUCAUGGAAGGGACGAGGGUGGAGAUGGAGCAAGCCAUGCAGACAGAUGACAGGUUCUUCCUAGUGUACAGUGAUGUUGGGGACCGCUACACCAAGAUCAAACACCUUCAUACAGGACUGUUCCUGUCAGCCUCAUACACCGAGGUGUCUCUGCUCAGUCACACAAGCGGCUUCUCUGACCAAAUGCUAUUUGAAAGUUUUCAUUGUAGCCAUUCUUAGUCAUCCGCUGGUGAUGUUACGUAGGCCUACUGUGACGUUACACAGGAUUAGUCUUCUACUCGCUGUGGCGUUACGUAGGCCUAUUUCCUACCCAGUGUCGCUGAAUUGUAGGCCUGUAUCCUAUUAUUGACGUUAUGGAGGCUUCAUGACUCAUGCCUGCUGUUGCCGAUUUGCACGUGUACUAUCUCCUACCUACCUGCUGUUCAUGAGUGGCAGGUUUACUGACUGUCUUGCAUGCUAUGGACAUUGUGUAAGCCUACUGCCUCCUGGCUGCUAUUGACCUUGUAUGGCCUUGUGUCACCACGUUGGUGAUGACGCAUUAUAAGACGUGCGUUUCCUGUCUGGUGGCGCUUUUAUGGAUAUCUAAACAGGUGACACAUGCGUGCUACACAUGUAUCUCACACAGGAAGCUGUGAUGUCAUACGUAUACACCUGUUAUCUUAAGGAUAGGGUGUCAGCCUACAGCCUCAACAUCUUGAUACAAAAGCGCUGAGCUGCAAUCAACAUAAUUAUCAAAACUACUUCUGUGUAUAUUUUGAAUAUUUAUUUAUAUUUAUUAAAAAUAUUUUAAUUUA